AUGAAGAAGUUGAGGAACAGAAAGCUGAAGAGUAAACAGCUAGACUUGUCGCCUAAAACGAAGAGGUUGAACGAGGCAUUCGACAAUUUAAAGAAUGGAACCCAAGGUGACGAGAAGGUCGUCUUAGCGGACAGGACGAAUGCGAACGACAUAGCCAUUUACAACUUCACCAGCGACAGCGAAGAUGAGGAUUUUAAGAAGGGCACGGUCAAACGUAGAACAGCCUCAAUCAAAACGGAUACUCCGCGCGAGGGCAAAAAGAAGACGCAAGCGAAGCGCAAAAGGGCGAAUCGUUCUAAAGCUAGGGUUAAAAUCGAGAAACCUAUCGAUGCUCUAGUAGAUGAACGCUUGAGAAAAACGACCGUAGACAUUUUAAAUACAUCCGUGGAACCCAGAGACUGUCCAGAAGACAAAGCGAUUGAAAAUAUCGCACCGAUGAUAACCAUAGAGCAUGAAAUGGAGCCUAUCGAGGAAACUAUACCUAUGGAGAGUAUAGACAGCAAGACGGCAAACAGGAAAGUUAAAAAAACCGAAAAAACUAUAUCGCUGAAGACAAAGGGUUUAGCUAAAGCAACUUUAGCUUUGAACGAAACGGCAGAUAGGACGGAGAGUCCUUUGCCCGGACUCCUUGUGGAAGCGACUGCACCACACGACAGUAUAGCCAACGAUUCUGUCACGGCGAACAUGAUGCGAAAGUUUCAAGAGAUUUACGAACGGCGAUCGGAUUUCAACGGCACCGAGCGCGACAGUACACGCAAUUUACUGCAAAUCGACAGCCUGGACAGCCCGAGAGCUCCGAAUCCAGCCGAAGAUCGUGAUAUCUCUAAAGAUUAUCUGAACACGUCCAAACCGUCCACCUCGAAAACAUCGCCCGUUCACAAUCAAAAGAGAAAACUUAAGUCCGUCGAAGAUUCGGAAAAUCUUCGAACCGCGAGGACUAGAAGCUCAAGCGCCCUAAAAGAAAAGAACAAAGUAGACUCGGCGAAAUAUAGAAACGAAGGCGGAAGUAGAAAUCAGACGGUAACUAAUAAAAGGAGCUCAGCAGAGCUUGAAGUUAUAGAUAUUUCGGGGGUUUAUUCGGAGAAAUCUUUCGAUACCGUCGGACAUUCCCCAAUAACCGCCCACGGGGAUUUCGCUCUGUGCGAAAACGACGUACCGCCGAGCCGGGAUUCGCUCAAUCGGAAUCUGGAGCCGAGGAACCUGGAGGUGGACGACUUGGACCAGUCGGCAAAGGAUUACUUCACGGAUCUAAUGAAAGAAAUAGCGGAGGGAACGUUCGAUUUGCGCGCUAAGACGAAAUUCAGCGACAUCAACAGUGAUUCCGAUGAAAAUGAAAUUAAUAAUGGUACUAAAGCAAAAUCACGUGUUCAAUCGAAACCGAUCCCCUCCAAACUAAGUGACGUUAACAGCACUUUCGAAGAUGCGUCGAAUAAACGCGCGGUCACGAAAAUUAAGUCGCCUUUGGUGUCCGUGACGAGAUUGUCGUCGGACGACAUAAAUAAGUGGCUGCCAUCGCGGCCCAACUCGGAGCUGGACGCGAGUAGCGCUAUCAUGGUGCCUAAAGAUCGAGCAACCGUCGAUUCGGAGAGACUAAGCGACGAGAAUCAAGCAUCGAGCAAAUCUAAAGACAAAAGGGGCGAGGAAAUUCGCAGGAAAUCGGUUAUAUCGCCGAUAAGGCUGUUCGAUGACAUAAAACCUUUCACCAGCCAGAAUUCGGACUGGUCGAACACCAUCGAUUUUGGGAAACACGCGGGGAAUCGAUUCUACACCAAAAAGGCGUGCCCCGGCACAAGGAAGUCGAACGCCGAUAGUAGCGAUGUGAAAUCGAGUUUCAAAAGUAUUGUGGAGACCACCAGGGCUUCCAGGUCCGACGUGAAGGUGACCUCAACCCCAACGUCGGGAAGCAAGAAGAGGAGGGUUGCUGCUGAUGCCCAAGAAAGGAGGUUGGACAGCGAUCCAAGCAUCUCCAGCGUGAACGAAUGGUUCGAUCGAAUCGCUCCCGUAACGAGUCAAGUGGAGGCGGUCAACGUUGGCUUUAAGGACAAUGUAUCGAGCAUAAUGGAGAAGUUGGACACGACGCUAGUAGAGAUUCACCAUAACACGAGCAACCGUUUGGCGGGAAUGUUCACCGAGGCUAAAGCACGUCUGGGGCAACUGAGGCGCGAGAGGCGCCUCCUCUACCGGCGCACCGCCUCCGAACUUCUCAGCGGCGUUCUGCGGCUGGUCGACGAACACUUCACAGAGUUGGACAGGAGAUCUCAGGAGAUGGACGAACAGUUUAUGAACGAGUUGAAGGAGAGCGCCCGCAAGCUGGUCCGCGACGACUGUACCAAGAAGAAGGCUAUGGUCCGACUGCUACGGGAGGACGUGCAAGCCGUUAUGGACUUAAUCAGCAAGGGCGAAAAAGCGAAAAUGCAG